GAGCCGAGUAGAAUUUUCCGUGGGACCUAAACACUGACUUAUGGCGUGAUGGAAACGUACGAUGAAGUCUCAUAUAUAUUUUUUCCAGGGUGUUUUGCCGUUAAAUCUCUCCGGGCUACAGUGAUAUAACGUCUCACAUUUACAAGCAAAACAGUGAAACAGAUAUUUAGAAAAUAGUACAAUGGACACCCUACAGAGGAGGAUGAUUAUGGAGGACGUGGUUCAGUACAAGUUUUUCUUGAUCCAGUCAGACGGUUCAAGUUCACAGCAGACUGAAGAACGUCUCACACAUCUAGCAGACGAGAUUUUGGCAAAGGUUGCCCCACUCCUGAUGCAGUACAUCUGGCAGCAUCAGGCGUUCAACCUCAAGUAUCAUCCUGAGAAAGGAGGUGUCCCUGCUCACAUUGGAGGUAGCACUCAAUUUGGGGAUAAUGUGGAGGACGAGUGGUUUAUUGUUUUCCUCCUGCAGCAAAUCACAGAGGCCUUCCCAGAGUUCGCAGCCAGCGUUGAGGACAAUGAUGGGGAGUUUCUUUUGAUUGAAGCUGCUGAUUAUCUUCCCAAGUGGCUGAAUCCAGACUCCAGUCAGAACAGAGUCUUCUUGUAUAGGGGAGAGUUGCAUAUUCUGCCUUGCCCCUCCAAAUCCAGUCCAGUGGGGGUCUCAAAAGAUGUGGUACCAAGUGUUGCACAAGCUCUAACGCUGCUUUCCACCCACCCAGAGGCCUGUCAGGCAAGCCCAAAGAUUCGUUCAGCCCUGACGAGACGACUGGAGGGGUACCCAGAGAAGAUUAAAACAGGCCUCCAUCGUGCCCACUGCUUCAUCCCUGCAGGUAUUGCCAUGGUGUUAGCACAACGGCCAGACUUGGUCGCCCCUGCAGUGUCAGCAUUCUACCUACGAGAUCCAGUAGAUCUGCAGGCGUGUCGGAGCUUCAAGACUUUUCCUCCUGAUACACGAGUCCUCACUUUGGUCACAUUCACGCGUUGCCUGUACAGCCAGCUGCAGCAGCAGCAGUUCACGCCAGACCGGAGGAGCGGCUUCAACCUCCCUCCUCGCUCUCAUCCCCAAUACAAAGCCCACGAGCUUGGCAUGAAACUAGCUCAUGGCUUUGAGAUCCUGUGCUCUAAGAGCAGGCUGCCAUCAUCAGAGCCUGAUGCCCCCGUCAGUUGUAACCCUCAGUGGAAAGGAUUCGUGGACAGUCUGAAAAGGAACGGCUACUUCCAGGGAGAACUGGAAGGAUCGGCCCGUUACAGAGAACUGACAAGAUCUGCAGAAAACUUCUUCAAACAGUCUGUGGCCUCAAAAUUGAGUGCCUCGUCGCCAGGUGAGGAGGUUCUCCAGCUGCUGCACAGCUGCAGUCCGUUCAACCUGGAGGAGCUGAAGAAACAAGAGUCACAGCUCCCCCAAGAGGACAGUGACAGCUGGAUGGAUAUCACAGCUCAGGAUUUGGAGCGUAUGUUGCAGGAGAGGAGUGGGGGGAGAGCUGAUGUUGGCAGACAAAACUCCGGUUCCACCAAACAGACACAGCACGUCGAGGGCGCAGACAGUAGAAAGGAGACAGAGGACAAUAGGGAGGAGGAGGAGGAGGACAGUUACAGCCUGGUGGCCGUCAGUCAGGGGAUGAAGAACUUCCUUAACGCCAUGUCGUCUCAUGAGGGUGCUGAACUGCCCUGGAGCAGUUCAACUCAGCCUUUUAGUUUUGACUCAGACUCCAUGGCCAACGCACUGGACCGACUGCUAGGAAGCAAAGAGGAAGAGCUAGAUUCAGAUGAUCUAGAUGAUGAUGAUGAUGAAGAAGAAGAUGAGGAGGAGGAAGAUGGGAAAGAGGAGGAGUCAUCUGAUCACACAGAGAUAAAUGGGCCAGAAGCUUUGGGUGGUCUCAGAGGAUACAUGGACCAAAUGGAUCAGGAGCUAAUGAGCACUAACAUAGGACAAAGUUUCAAUGUGACGAACUACAACAAGACAGACUUGGACAAUGGCUCCCCUCAUUCGUCCACCACAGACUGUCUCCCCACGCACGAAGGGCUGAAAGAGACGGAGGAGGAGAUCCAGCCUCUCGACAUCGAUCUCAAUCUCGUCACCAACCUGCUGGAGUCCCUCAGCUGCCAGGCUGGACUGGCCGGACCGGCCUCGAACCUGCUGCACAGUCUGGGUGUACACCUGCCACCCAACUCUGAUCCCUCAUAAAGGACAAUAACGAGACUCAGAGAUUGAAUGAGGGGAUAUUUGGCCUCUUAAAGCUGUCUCACUGGCAGUAGGUCUGUUGGCUAAUCGCCCAUAUUGUAAACAAAUAUGAUUUUUCUUUAAAGUCUGUGUUUCUCACUGAAGCUUAUUGUGUUGGUUGCAUUUUUGUUACACCAUAAAACAUUUGCGAAAAUCUUUUGAAAUGUGAGUGAAAUGCAAAUGAUUUUUGACAGCACUUACAUUUGGUUGUUUGAAUAAAUAUUUUUGGAGAUGAA